UGCGCGUUUCUUGGGCCGGGCUUUGCUCAAAAUUCAAGAACUAGGGAGCGCGCACUUAUUCAGGUCGAGAAAUUGGAUACAGCUAUGGGGAUUAUUAGCAAGGCACUUAUGGGACGGCAAUUCUGCGCGCUGCUCUUCAGGGCUCAAUUUGCAUCGCCGCAUAAAUGCACGACCCGCAAUGCGUCGACUGCUCUGGACGCAACCAUUGGUCUCAGCGAGGAACAGAUCCAAAUGCAAAAAACUGCGUCCGACUUUGCCGAAAAGGAAUUCCUGCCACACAUGCAAGAAUGGGACGAAAAAGAGAUAUUCCCGGUCGAGGCGAUGCGCAAGGCCGGCGAGUUGGGCUUCGGCGGCGUCUACAUAUCGGACCAGUACGGAGGAGCGGGACUCAGCAGGCUGGACGCGUCGGUCAUCUUCGAGGCUCUCGCAAAGGGAUGCGUCAGCACUACCGCCUACAUCACCGUGCACCACAUGGCGUUGUGGAUGAUCGACCAGUACGGCACCCACGAACAGAAGCAGAGGUGGCUGCCCGACCUGUGCUCCAUGGAGAAGUGCGCCUCGUACUGCCUCACCGAGCCAGGUAGCGGCAGCGACGCGGCGUCCAUCAGCACGACGGCGAAACGCGACGGUGACGACUACAUCCUGAACGGCACCAAGGCGUUCAUCAGUGGCUCGGGCGCCAGCGAAGUGUACGUGGUGAUGUGCCGCACCGGUGGACCGGGACCCAAGGGCAUCUCCACAGUGGUGGUGGAGAAAGGCACUCCCGGUCUGAGCUUCGGCAAGAAGGAGAAGAAGCUCGGCUGGAACUCGCAGCCGACGCGCAUGGUCAUCUUCGAGGACUGCCGCGUGCCCGUCUCUCACCGGCUCGGCGAAGAAGGCCAAGGGUUCACCAUCGCCAUGGAAGGUCUCAACGGAGGCCGCAUCAACAUCGCCUCUUGUUCAAUGGGAGCCGCCGCUGCAAGCAUCGACAUCGUCACUGAGCACAUGAAGGUUCGGAAGCAGUUUGGAAAGCCUCUGGCGUCCUAUCAGCACAGCCAGUUCUGCCUGGCGAGGAUGGCUACGAAACUUCAGUCUGCACGGCUGAUGGUGCGCAAAGCGGCCGAGGCCAUCGACCAGGACCGACCUGAGAAGGUCACCAUGAGCGCCAUGGCCAAGCUGCACGGCACUGAAGAAAGCUUCAAGAUCACAAACCAAGCACUGCAGAUGCUGGGCGGAUACGGAUUCAUCAAGGAAUACCCGGUGCAGCAGUAUAUGCGAGACCUACGGGCCCAUAUGAUCAUUGAAGGAACGAACGAAGUCAUGCAAAUGGUGAUUUCCAAGGACAUUCUACGAGGACGAUAAAAGUGCCAACAGUGUGCCAGGCCAUGGAACUGCGACCGGCCUCGGGCCAUGUGCUUCACUCCGCCUUCUUUCGUGAAUGCCGUUUACUGUUAGUGCAUAAUAUGCGCCAAGAAAUUGCAGCUGCACAAGAAACAUUGAUUGAAAACGUGCGUUCAAAAGCUCCAGAACAAUGACUCGAAAGUUUAAUUCUAUUUUAAAUGCGCAUCAUCGGCCAUUUAUGCAGCGCUUGAUGCGUGUAUCACGCCCAGCCUAAAGGCGGAACAGCGCGUUUUGUGCCUCAAGGUUUUCGCCAUGCAGUUGCGCGGGGACCACAAUGGGCGUAGGUGAGCAAUUCAAAUGAAUAAUGAACCAGAUGACACAAAUAGACACCAUUCAACGCAUCUGUCUAUGUUAUUUGAAUUAGCUUUAUUUGCGAUCUCUCGUGUUUCCAGCUAAAUGGGAUUGUAAAUAUAUAUAACGGCUGCAUGGGUGAGCUGUACACCCCUUUGCAGCCAAACAAAAAUAACCGUUCCUCAGCUGUUACGCAAGUUUGACGCACUGGGCUGUAUAUAUUCCCCAAUUUUUCGUAAUAAACCAGUUGGUAGCGAG